UAACCCCUCAGUCUUCCCUAGGCACUCAGCAAGCUCAGUACCUGCUUUGUAUUUCAACUGUUAUCCACACUUGAAGUUGGCUUCGCAGUCGUACAUUCACUAUUAUAUAUACAUACAUCAUACAUACAUAUAUAUAUAAUAAAUACCAUCAUAUACAUAGUUUAAUAAAUAAUCAUAUGGAUUUAACUGACACGUACACUGAAUAAAAUAUAUAAAUUUGUGCUGUAACUCAUUUUCUUUCACUCGACUCCGUUUGGUUUCACUCAAUUUCACUCGGUUUAAUUUGACCCCGGAUUUAAUAUCUCGGAUUGGCUGGUUGGAAAAAUAUUAUAAAUAAAUAAUAAUAAUAAUAGUAAUAGUAAUAAUAGUAAAAAUAAUAAUAGUGGUGGUAAAUGGGUCGGAUGGAAUUUUUUUUCGAUGCAGAGAUAAAAUUGGAGUAAGAGAAAAAAAGAAGAUAGGGGUGAGUUUUGUUGCGUGACAUAUCACGAACGGUGCAAGUAACAUUGAGCCACGAUAUCGAAUCUCGUGACGUGUAUUCAAGGCCCGUUAUUAUGUUGUAAGCUUAAUUUGGCUUAGUCUACUGUACUAAUACUUGUACUUGUACUUAGUAUUUAUCAUCCAUUAAAGAGUAUUAUAAAAAUAUUUAUGUAUUUGUAUAUGCUAAAUAAUAAAAAUAAUAAUAAAAGUAAUAAAAGAGCUGAAGGAAAUAUAUAAAUUAUGAAAUGUGGCCAAAGAUUGAACGAGAAUAAUAGACUUUAAAAUAUAUCUGGCUCCACUUUUGCUGCAUAUUGUUGGGAAAUUGCUCGGGAAUAAUAACAAAUAUAUAAAAGAACUAAUCUAUAACAAGAGAAAGAGAAAGAGGAAGAAGAAGAAGAAGAAAAAGAGGGAAAAUAAAUAAUAAAUAAUUGCAAUGGAUCGUUUCAAAUUAACAGAUGAAUUUAUCCGCGAAUUUAUUAUUUCAAUUAAUUAAAAACAAUCAGAAAAAUUAAGUACAAGUAGUGAGAUAAUUAUUUUAAAUAGACAAUUAGUAUAAAUAUAAAUAUAUAUUUAUUCUGGAUAAAUCGAUGUAAUUGUGCUCAACAAAUUAAUACUCAAGUAAGAGUUUCGUUAAAGUUUAAUUUUUUAUUUUCAAGCAUUAAAGUAUAAAAAGAAUAUCAAGAUAAGAAAUGAAUUGUUGAGUAUUAAAUCGUGACAAUAUUCAAGGCCGUGCAGUCUGACAACUGAAAAAAAAAUUAAUUGAAAAAGAAGAAGAAGAAGAAGACAAAAAAAAAAUAAUUCAACUUUUUCUGUUUCUUUUCUGGCGAAUGUACAUCUGAUAACAUACCAUAUAUACAUAUAUGUAUAGAUAUAAAUAAAUAUAUAUUUUUGUCAUUAAUUUUUUACAGAAUCAGAAAAGUAUAAAAACUCGGACAAUACUGAAGAUGUUUUAAAUGAAGAUAAUUUAUUUCAUGAUAUAUAUGUGUAUAUAUACUUCAUAUCACCGUUACGUUUAAAUGAGACUUUGAAUUAGCCUUUUAUUGUUACAAACAAGUCAUUUAAUCACUCAUUGAAUAUCAAAAUAAACCAUAGCUUUAUUUACUCUACGAUAAAAUAAUAAUUAUAUUGUAAUUGUUAAGCUAAUUGCAGCCUAGGAUAGAAACAAAGGCAAUAAUAUACGUCAAAAAAAUAAUAUAUUAAAUAUAUAAUAGUACCAUUGAAGAAUAUCACGUACAUUAUUUACUACAAUCAUUUUUUCUUCAAAACACAGGCUUUUAAACGACACUAGUUACUUUUACUGCGUAAGAAUACGCGAGCACAUUUUAAAAGUAAAUAGUGAUAUAUUAUUUGACAGAGGUUUAUUGUGAAUGCACAUAUCUGUAAAAAAUGUUGGCUAAUUGAGAGUAUAUUUUAAUGAAUAUUUAAUAAUGAGUAAUGAGAUUGAAGGUAAUAAGUAAUAAGGAUUAAUUGUGACAGAAAACAAUAAUAAUAUUUAAUUUAAAAAUUAAUAUUAAUUGUAAUAAUAAAAAGAACGACUGAAUCGCACUCCGUUUUUGUCUGAGACUGAUAGAAAAAAAAAAAAAAUAUAUUAUAUAUUUAAUAACAAAGCGAUAGACGUCAGCGUAACUCGAACUGGAGCAACUGUUGAAACUUUAUAACGAGGGCUAUAAAAAAAAGGAGAAAUAAAUAUAGUUAAAUAAAAAGCGUAUAUAGAACAAAGAAAUAACUGCAUUAAAAAUGUACGAAGGAGGAAUUACUACUGAUCAGCAGAUCUCGACGCUGGUAUCGCACCGAGAAAGGCCAUUAUGCUCCGACCGCAGUCUGCGUGCUGUGGCAAGAGUCGGCCAGGCGGUAAAUCUUGCUGUCGAGAGAUUUGUUACUGUCGGAGAAACAAUAGCAGAUGACAAUCCUGAAAUCAAACAGACCAUGUACGACGCUUGUAAAGAAGCCAGAGUUGCUGGUGGUGCCAUAGAAAAAUUAUGUGAAUGCGCAAUGGAGGAUAGUUUAGCAGACAGAGGAUCAGUGGUGAGAGCGGCGAGAUGUCUUCUGGGCUCUGUCACCAGAGUUCUACUUCUGGCGGACAUUGUGGUCGUAAAACAACUGCUUUUAGCCAAAGACAAAGUGGCCCGCAGUCUCGGGCGACUCGAAAGCGUUUCAAACUUUACUGAAUUUGUUAAAGCCUUCAGUCAGUUCGGGGCCGAAAUGGUCGAACUUGCCCAUUUAACUGGAGAUAGGCAGAAUGAUUUAAAAGAUGAAAGGCGUCGAGCACAAAUGGCUGCAGCCCGACAAGUACUAGAGCGAAGUACAAUGAUGCUUUUGACGUCAAGUAAAGCUUGUUUACGACAUCCCGAGUGUCCGUCAGCUAAAGAAAACCGAGAUACGGUAUUUUGCCAAAUGAGAAGGGCCAUGGACUUGAUUCAUUAUGUCGUGAAGGAUGGUGUGCUUGACUGCAAUGAAUCUCAGUCUUACUCAAACUCACAGAGUCCUCAGCAGCAGGAUUGGGACAGCAGUACUGUGAGUUCGGCGUUGAAAAAUUUUGAACGUAUGGUAGAGACAACAAGAAUGACUUUAAUGUUACCUGAAUGUAGAGAAACGUUGACUUCAACGAUUGACACUGUAGUUGAGAGGACACAAGACUUUACAGAUAGCGCUUACACGAGUCAUGAACAUCGGGAAAAUAUAUUACUGCUUUGUGAUCGGGUUAAACUUGAACUCAAUUCACUUCUAAGAGUCGGCAACAGUAUGCAAAAUUAUGAAAGUGGACCGACGUCACCGAACUCCGAACUAGAUCAAGCGGUACUGGGUGUAUUGAAAGCCACGCGUGAUUUACGAUUACAAUUGGCGACAACGACAAUGGAACAGGCCGGUGAUCUUGGGCAAGUUACGAAAGCUGGGCAAGAAUUGGUAUCGACAAUUCGUAAUCUCGCAUUAGCGAGCGAGAUCGAUAGAUUACAGGAGAGUAGUGAUCGAUUUCAUGAGUACAUUGAACAUAUUCUUGAAGUAUGCAAAUUAUUGAGACACAUUGCGCUGUCAGAAUCAUUGCAAGUAUCAGCAAAAUUCACAGAAAUAAAUUUGCGUAUUUAUGGUCCACAAGUUGUUACUGCAGCACAUACAUUAGCACGUUACCCAACAAGUAAAAUAGCUAAAGAAAAUCUCGAAGUAUUUGCAGAUAUGUGGCAAUGGCUCAUGUCCGACGUAACCACCGUCGCAAAAGAUGUGUUAGAACUCUGCCACAGCCGCCCGGAGAAACAAGUUUACAUGUCGCUACCGCGACCUGGCAAACACGGGACAACAAGCAAACCAUUGAAGCCAGUGCGAUUGGACAGCGAAGAACAAGCGAAAAUAGCAAAGGCUGGUUUGGAAAUGAAAUUAAUCACCUCAGAAAUGGACGCGGAGACAGAAAAGUGGCAGGAGAGUGGGAACUCGCAAUUAGAGGAAAAUAAUGAUAUUGUUAAACGUGCAAAAAAUAUGUCUUCCAUGGCCUUCUCGAUGUACCAAUUUACACGUGGAGAGGGUGCACUCAAAACAACCCAAGAUCUAUUCACGCAGGCGGAAUACUUUGCCGAAGAAGCUAAUCGUUUGUACAAAGUCGUUAGACAAUUUAGUUAUCAGGUACCUGGUGGCCCCAAUAAAAAAGAUUUGCUGGAAAAUCUUGACCGUGUACCGACUUACGUUCAGCAACUGCAAUUUACUGUUAAAAAUCCGACCGUGGGAAAAGCGGCGACGUUUACUAAAGUUGAUAAUGUUAUACAGGAAACGAAAAAUUUAAUGAAUAUCAUAUCAAAAGUUGUUACCACGUGCUUCGAAUGUGCAACAAAGUACAAUCUAGAUUUUCGUGGAUUAUCAGCCCGAGGUGCUGGCGGAUCACCAUACAGAGGAGGUGACAAUUCCGGAGAUGGAGACGGCACUGGAGUUGGAGCUGAUGGCAGCAAAAGUGGAUCAGCCCCAGGCAGCGACCCGUCUGUCUGACAGUUUGGUAUGGCCCGACGGGCCAAAGGAGACACGCGACGAACACGAGUUUCCUUUUUGUUAUUUUAAACAAAUCGGAAAUUUCGUCAUUGUUGUCUUUCAACCACUCAGCUUCCGUCUUCUCAGGCUCCGUUUAUUUAUUUACCAUUAUACCUUUGGGUCAUAUUUAUUCUGUUACAUAAUACGGUAAAUUAUAUUUGAUAUUUAACAAUCAAUAUUUAUAUUUAUAUUAUAUUAAGUUUUCAAGGUUCCUAAAUAAUUUAUAAAUAAUUUACUUAUUUAAUAUUUAUCAAAAUUUACAUAUUCCUUUAAUUAAUCAACUUUAAUUAUUCAUUUUAGUCAUCUACAUAUAAAUAUAAAUAUAUAUAUUCAUAAUGACGUUUUUUAAAAUCAUUAUUCAAUUUAAGCAUGGCUAGAUUGACUAGAUAGGCAUAAUUAGAUUUUAAUAAAUAGUUAUAACUAAUAAAUUCGACGGGACGGUCAGUGAUAUGACGUCAAUGGUCACAAAUAAUAAUAAUAAUAAUAACAAACAAUAAACAACAAAUAAUAUUAAUAAUAAUGAAAAUUUUUUUGUAACUCGUAUGGUGAAUGCUCUGUUCAGAAUUUUCUGUGGAUGCGUGCAGUAUGAAAAGUUUUUUUUUAUUUUAAUUAUAAAUGUAUUGAUAACAAUUCAGAUAUCAAUUUAUUUAUAAAUAAAAAAGUUACACUGUAAAAAAAAUAGCGGAGUGAACCUGGAUUAAAUUCGGAGUGAAUGAGGAUGCAAAUAAAAACGAUACUGAAGUUAGCUGACGUUUAAUAAUUUUUUUGAAAUGAAUUAUAAAAAAAAAAAAUAUUUUAAGAAAUUGUACUUAUGGUUUUUUAAAUUCUCUAUAUGUGCAUAUUUUUAAUUUUCUUUAUUUUUAUAAUUUAUCGUUUGGAAAAAAAUUCAAAAAAUUAUGAGAUGUCUGUUAACUUCGGAUCAUAAAUAAAAUCCAAAUCAGUCCUGAAAAACUAAACUCCCUAUUUACUCCGCAUUUGGAUUGAUUUUUUUUUAAACUCCGAACUCCGAGUGACGGAGUAAAUAAGGAUUUAAAUAAAAUCCGUAAUCACUCCGAAUUUUUGACAGUGUAAAUAUACAAAUGGGUUUACAAAAUUUUUUUUACUAACGCGCUUCUUGAAAUGAAUCCUAGUAAUAUUUGUAAUAAAUACAAAAUAUAAUUUAAAAUUAUGGGACCGGGUAAAAUGAGGCAUCUAGUAUUUUUUUUUUAAUUUCUCUGAAUAUUCAUUCAAUAUUUUCAUUAUGAUUUUGAAGCUUCAGAUGCUCAAGAAUUAUUUUUCAAAAUUUUUUGUAAAUUGAAAAAUGAUAGUGUAUUUAAAGAUUCUCAUGUUCUCCAAAAAAAGACAAAAAUUUUCUAGCGGCCAUUUUCCCGGUUCCCUCAAUAGUAAAUCUAAUUUUAUUAGAACUGUAAAAGAGCAACUGAUUAAUUAAAUGCUGCGGUAUUUAAAAUUGGUGUAGCGAAAAAAUAAUAAAACAAAUUUGUAUACAAAAAGUUGCUCAAAAUAGCUCAGAACGCGUCUUACCUAUUAAAAAAUUUUCAAAACAGUGGUGGUUGCUAUUAACAAUUUUUAUUUUUUUUUUUUUUUUAUGACGUGACUUGGAAAAAAUAAAUACAUUUUUCAUUCAUUACUUAUUUCAAAUAUUAAACUAAUUUUAAUCGCUGGCUUCCGAUUAAACAUAAACCAUUGAACAAGUUAAUCGAUUAAUUAAUUAUAUAAUGAGUUUGGAUGGCAAGAUUAAUUACUACAAUAAUACACAAAUACGUAAUUUACGGAAAUAUUUUUAAAAGUAAACUAAAGAAGUAAGUAUAGUUUUAAACAUAUUUCAUUUAUUAAAAGUCUUUUUUGAGCUUUAUUAAUAAUUAAUAUUAAUUAAUUAAUUAAUUAUGAAGAAACAUUUAACGCAUAUUAUUAGCCGUCCACAAAUGGAUUUUAGUAAUUAUAUAUAAAAUAAUUUAUUUAAAUCUUACACUGUAAAAAAUUUUUGUGUCAAAAUUGCCCCCGAGAACUUUAUACGGUCGCGUGGUGUGAAAUAACGGUGUAUCCAUCCGUGUAAUUUUGACACGGUGUAAUCUACUUUCUUACACCAUUCCGUCUUACUCAUUAUAAUUUUGGUUAAUGAGCAACAAAUGAUCAUUAAACUUUUUUAACUACUUAAUCAAUAGAUAUAAAAUAGUAUUUUGAACACUUUAAUAUUCCGUCACUAAUUCCAAAAAACUAUAUUUCUAUACGGUCUUUUGGUUUUAGUUACUAAGUUUAAAGCCAAAUGGGCAUGAAAUUUCUUUUUACUGCUGAUCAUAUUGUAGACUUAUUCAAAAGCUAAAAAUUGGAAAAAAAAUUCUGAAAGUCAAAAGAGCGUACAAUUUAAACUAUAUAAGCCUUUAUAAAAAGAUUUCGGGUCAAAAUAUCUAGCCUCAAUCUAGCCUCAUUAAACCCAAGUAAGCUUCAAUCCAGCCUCACUGAGUAAAGAAGACAUUUUGAGCCUCAAAUAAUACUAAUCGAAUUUAAAUUACAUAGUCGAGUAGUAAGUUCAUUUAAGGUUCAUCAAGGCUUCUUGAGGAUCUUUGAGAAUCAUUUGACGCUCAUUUAUGCUUUUUGAACAUCAUUUAAAACUCAAAAUGCCUUCUUUACCCAGUGAGGGUGGAUUGAGGCUCACUUGGGCUUAAUGAAGCUAGAUUGAGGCUAGAUAUUUUGACCCGGAAUAUGCCAUCUAUUCUCUUUCUCACACACAUGUGAACAAAUGAAACGGUUCUUGUUGCACUUAUAUCAGCUAAUGGAAAUUUCAAAUAAGCCGUUCUCAGACAUAAACUGAAAUUUCCAAACGAGAAACAUUUCAUUCUAUAAAUAACUUUAGGCAUCGAAUGAAAUAUUUUAUUUAAUGAUUUGAGUCUUUGUCUAUGAAAAUAGUUCAUUUGAAACUCGACUAUUUCACUCUCUUAAGAAUUAUUAUUAGGUCAUUUUGAGCUAUUGGUCAUAUGAUAGUACAAUCUAUGAGUUUUUAAUUAAUAACACCAAAUGGUGUGAAAGAUGACACUCACACCGUGUUAAAAGUACACCACUUGAUAUUUAACACCAAGGACACCAUGUAAAGUCAUCGGGGAUCAUUUUCACACCAAAAAUAUUUAACAGUGUAUAUAUAAUAUAUAUUAUAUAAAUUUUGAAAGGCAAUCACCAAUAAAAAAACAAGAUUGAUUUAAAGAUAAUCAAUUAUAGUAAAGAUGCAAUUAAUUAAAACUGUCAGAGACAUUACGAAAACUCAAACACAAAGUUUAUGAUAUUUACUGUAAUUAUAAUAAUGAUAAUAAUAAAAAUAAUAAUAAUGUAUAUGACGAUCAGAGAGCACUAAUUAGAAUGUCACACACAAAUAUACACGACCAAGAUUUUUUAAUGAGACAUUUAAUGUGAAGUAGAUAAUUUUUUUUCCUACGGACUUAAAAUAAUAAGAAUUUGUAUAUUUGAAUUAAAUGACGACUGAAUUUGAAUGAUUUAAGUAAUUAUCAGAUCGAACAGAAUACUGAUUAAUUAUUAUUGAAAGGUUUUAAAUAAAUGAUUAAUUAGUUUAAAAUAAAUAAUUACGAAUUUAUGUAAUUCUGUGAAAGUAGCUGAGCAAAACAGUGCCGAUUUAAGAUUUUAUUUAGAUAAAAAAAAUAAUAAUUGUAUAAUUAAAAGUAAUAAUAACAUUGAUAUUUAUCAAACAAAUACAAUUGUCUGAGCUUUUUUUUUUAAAGACUAAAAAUAUUUCUAAGUAAAUAAUUUAAUAAUAUAAAUAUUUGUAAUUUAAAAAUUUUAAUCACUCGGAAUAUUAAUAAUAAUAAUAAUUAAUAAUUAAUAAUUAAUAAUUAAUGAUAUUUCAAUUUUCAUGGUUAAUAUUGUUAUUGUAUUAAUACUGUUAGUUAGGUCGUUUAACCCUAUGGUGCGAAAGUAAAUUAACAUACAAAACUUUUAGUAUUUUAGUAUUAAUCAUUAGUUCAAAUUAAAAAUUUCAGCUCCUUUAGUUACUCAUUUCUAUCUAACAAAUUAAUUAAUAUUAUUAUUGAUAAUAAUAAUAAUUAAUAGACAUUGCACGUUUAAAACUUUACCUUCGAUACUAAUCAUUUCCUGUUUUGAUCAGACGGCCGUAAAAAAUUUUGGUCAUUAUACUAAAAAAUUGAUUUUAUUUAUCGGCAUUAUGUUUGGAAAUAUUUUUUUACGAAAUUUGAAAAAGAAAAUACUCAAAUUCAAGGCUUCUCCAUAUUUUUCAAACUUUCUGUCCCAAUCAGAAAAAGGUUGAGUAUAAUGACCAAAUUUUUCGGCGCAUAAAUGUUUAAGUAUAAAAAAAAUUAACUACUCUAUAUUGUACGGCCUAACAAUUGGAUUAUUCGAACUAAAUAUUUAAAUCUAUAGCUAUGAAAAAUUAGAUACAUACUUUUAAAAUCUAAAGUAUAAUCGACUAUAAUGUUAAUGAGAAUUUAAUAACGAGUAGAAUGUAAAAUAAAUUUAAAUACACAAAAAGUUUUAUUGUUUAAAGCACAAAUAGUUUUCGUAACUGAGAAAAUAAUUGAAUCGUAAUUUUAAAUCGUAUAUAAUUAUUGAUAUUUAUAUAAACUUAUAUUGUAUUGUAGCAAUAAUGAAGCUCAUGACUUUAAAUUCAAAAUUUAGGGGAUUAAUUCUUGUAUAUAGAACUCGACAAAAUAAGACUUUCUUAAAGAAUAAAAUUUUUCGAUAUCUCGCUUAGUUUUUGAGAAAAAUGGAUUUCGAGAAAAAGUGCGAUUUUUUCAAAAAAGUGAAAUAUUUAAUAGAUUUUAAUAUUUUUAAUUUUUUUGUAUUUUUUUCUGGAAAGUGCAUUUGAAGACGAAAAUUUUGAGAAAAAAAACGUCUGAAUUAGUUCAUUUUUGAAGAAGUUAUAGCUAUUUGAAAAAAAGUCUUAUUUCGUCAAGUUCUAGAAGAAUUCGCAAUCAUUUGGUCGCGCCACGGAAACAAUAGACUUUCCAAAAUUUAUAUAAACGCAUAUAUAUAUGUAUAUUUACUGUAAAAAAUUUUCGAAGUGAAUGCGGAUUAAGUCCGGAACAAAAGCGGAGUAGAUGAUUUUUUAUUUAUUUAAUCCCCUUCGAAAUGAAAUCAACUCCAGAAAAAAGUUUAUUUUAACAUUAAAACUUUAAAUUGGAGUAGAUAAGGAUUAAAAUUAAAUCCGUAUCACUCCAAAAUUUCUCUACUUAAAAAAAAAACUCCCUUUUCACUCCGUACGCGGGGUAAUUUAAAAAAAAACUCCGGAAAUCCAAAUGACGGAAUGAAUUCGAAUAGAAAUAAAAUCCGGAUUCACUCCCAAUUUUUUACAGUAUAUAUAUAUAUAUAUAUAUAUAUAUAUAUUGUAAUAAAAAUCAAUAAAUAUACGAUUCAAUAUCAUGUAUUUCUCAAUUUAUUGAAUUAUAAAAAAAUAUAUAUACAUAUAUGUACAAUUAUUUAAAAAAUCUUAAGGCACUAUUUAUAUAAAAAAAAAAGUUACUAAUGUGCCUUAUAAAUUUUAUAUGAAUGACGAAAUAGAUUUGAUUAGAUUUAUUUAUUGUUUAUUUUACAUUCUAUGAUAUUAAAUUCUUGUAUCUAUUUCCCAUCAAUAAUAAUAAUUUUUGAAAUAAUUAUUGAUAAAAAUAAAAAUAAUUAUAAAUUAAAAUCCAUAAUAUUGGAAGCCUCGAUUCAACGCAAAAGUAUUAAAUAAAAUAAUAAUAAUAAUAAUAAAAAUUUAUGUUAUUGUUGUGCAGACUGAUGAAAACAAAUAUUUAUUAAAAAUAAAAUGAUAUUAAUAAUAAUAACAAAGUAAUUGUAGAAAAAAAAUUUCUUCUUGUUAUUGUCUAUACAUUAGUAAUAUACAUAAUAUCAGCGAGGACAUAAAAAUUUUACGUUUCCAUUAGUCCUUAAUGGGUUAAUGCAAAAUUACGACAACGGAAAGAGAUUAUAAAAUAACGAAAUGUUUUUAAAAUGCGAAUGGUGAAAGUCAACUGCAAAUUCAAAAAAGAAAUUAAAGAAAAUAUCAAUACUUAUAUUCAAAAAAAUGCUAUAAUCCUUCACUUUAUCUUUCUCUUCUCGUUUUUUCUGUCUCGAGAUAUAUAUUUGUAUAAAUAUAUAUCCAAUACCUUGGGCGUUCAGAUGAAUUUUAUUUUUAAAAAUUAAUAAAAAUAAACACAAUACGUAACAUCUAGUGUUCAUUCUGCAUGAUUUGUCAAGAUUUUCUCUGAUACUAUAAACAAAAAAUAUAUAUAUAAAUAAAAAUCUGUUAUUAUAAAACUAUAAAAUAUUAUUCUUUUUUGUUAUUGAAUUUUUUCCUGGAUUACUAUAAAAUAAAUAAAGCUUUUAUGACUAUAUAUUAUUUGUGAUAAAUAUUUGCUUGGAUUCUCAAUA